UCUACGUCACCAAAAAUUGCCCUACAUCUAACACACGUUGCUGUGUAGUUUCAUUGAAUGGGUAUUGAGAUUUUGACUCUGAGGAGACAUGAAGCUCUCGCUGGCGUUCGCUUUAGUUAUUACCAACCCAUUACAUGUUGCUUCUAAAUUCAUAACGAACAUAUUAACAUAUUGAGAGGAAUUGACGUCAACCUUUUUUCCCCACCGUGCAGCAUUGGCCAGCAUCACCCGCCUCACUGCGUCCCUGCUAUCGGAGCGACCCGUGGCAUACCCGGGGGGAAGACUAGCCUACCACCUAACAAGCACUAACUCAACGGCUUUAAAAGGGACAGAGCUCAGAUUCCCGGCCAGUCUAGACGAAGCCAUGCCCCGUCAAACUCGUCAUGGCUGUCCCACCACCACCACCACCACCACCACCACCACCGCCACCCCCUCCUUCAGGGUCCAUCGGCCGUGGCCGAUGGUGGUCCUCCUCAUGCUCCUGUGUCCCCUGGACAAUGUGCUGGCCCAAGGAGAAGGCAGCGCCCAGGCUCAGGCCCAGUCUCCCGCCGAAGUCCUCCAGGACCUCCUGACCCGCUAUGGGGACAACUUCACCAUCACAGUGCCCCAGCUUCGGGCCCUCCUGUCCCACUUGAGUCGGGACCAGGGGGACGAGGCCAACAGCACCUCCGUCGCCGCGACCGAGAGACCUCCGGUGUCCACGCCCAAAGCCAUCAGCUCCAAGUGCCUGGCGUCAGAUACCUUGGCCGUGUACAACUUCAGCGAGCAAUCACGGCUGGAUGGACAGGGCUUGCAGAUGUUCUGCCCCACCAUGCUACAGCAACUGGAUGCCGGUGCUUGUGGCAUGGAAAAGGAGGAGGGGCUUAGCAGUGACCCCGCCCCCAGACCGACUGGCUUAGAAGUGUGGGGCUUCUCCUUCCUCAGUGUGACGCUGGUCAGUGUCUUCUCUCUCACCGGGGCCGUGCUGGUGCCGCUCAUGACCUCGCGCUACAUGCGCCGCGCCCUGGCCUAUUUCAUCGCUCUGUCCAUCGGCACGCUCUUCUCCACCGCCGUGUUCCAGCUCCUGCCCGAGGCGUUUGGCUUCGACCCCACUGUCAACAACUAUGUGUCCAAGUCCACGGUCGUUUUCGGGGGCUUCUACCUGUUCUUCUUCACGGAGAAAGUCCUCAAGGCCCUGUUGAAACGGAAAGAUGGGGAAAACGGCCAUGGCCACAGCCACAGCCACUUCCACGGUUCGGAGUGUUACUUGUCGGCCAAUGGCGAUGCCGAGGGCGUGCGGGAGAAGCUCCAGGCCAACGGGGAAGCCCUGGGCGACAAGGCGGACGCCGGGGAGGGGGAGCUCAUGCUUAGCCCCGCACAGACGCCACAGGCUUCCUCGAGCCCCGAGGCGGGUGCGGUCGCGGGCCCCAGCAGCAAAAGGGGGGGAUGCUACUGGCUGAAGGGGACGGCCUACUCCGACAUCGGCACGCUGGCCUGGAUGAUCACGCUGAGCGACGGCCUGCACAACUUCAUCGACGGGCUGGCCAUCGGCGCCUCCUUCACGUCCUCCGUGUUCCAGGGAAUCAGCACCUCCGUGGCCAUCUUGUGUGAGGAGUUCCCCCACGAGCUCGGGGACUUUGUUAUCCUGCUGAACGCUGGCAUGAGCAUCCAGCAGGCGCUGUUCUUCAACUUCCUGUCCGCCUGCUGCUGCUACCUGGGAAUGGGCUUUGGUAUCCUGGCAGGAAACAGCUUUUCGCCUAAUUGGAUUUUUGCCCUGGCUGGCGGAAUGUUCCUCUACAUCGCUUUGGCGGACAUGUUCCCAGAGAUGAACGCGGUGAGUCGGGAGGAGGAGGAGGCCGGAGGCAGCAGCUUCAUCGUCAUCUUCGCCAUCCAGAACGCAGGGCUGCUCACCGGCUUCGCCAUCAUGCUUCUCCUCACCACCUACUCGGGCCAGAUGAGAAUGGACUAGCACCUGGAGCGCACCGGUGUGCAAAGACAGCUGGAACCUGGCCUAAAGAGCUGUAUGUGGGUGUGAACUGUACCAAACUAGACUGGAUGGCAUAACGGGCGUGGCGUGUUUUCCUCUUGUUCUGUCGCUCUUUCAAUCUAGUUUCAACUCAUCCCUCAUCAGUGAGGCUUUGGUGCGGCAGGAACGCAACCCAAGCCGGCCGUCGCAGUACUCGUUCAUAUGCAGUCUGAUUGCUGUCGAGUUGUGAAGGCCCCCGUGACCCUUUCUUUUGUUCCUUUAGUUUACUUCUGUCCGUUUUACCCCUGCUGUAUGUGCACUAUUCCUGUGUGCCAGGCUGGAGAUAUCCAGGUAACUCCAGUCCUAGGGCUCCAAAGUACUUUUAGAAGCUUAUCAUGUGCGUGAGCACUGUAAGGCCCCUGUAUGCUGAACAUGAACUGAUGUGCAAUACUUAAGCACCUGCUGAAACUGUCCUUCGUUCAUCAUGCUAUUGAUCAGCCGCUUUGGAGCUCUGCUCUUCUUCAACUCCUCGUUCUCUACUUGGGCUAACUUUGACUGGCAGGAUACGCAUUUAUAUCUGUAAUCGUUUGUACUCGUAAACCUUCCCAAGCAGGGAUAACCGUUACUUGAUAGACAUCGUUUUUUUAAUUUUCUUUCUUUGUUUGCUUCUAUUCAGAACCAAAAUAGUACAAAUUAACAGGUACUGGAGUGUCGACCUUGAAGUUACUAUGGCUAGACCUUGUGUGUGUGUGUGUGUGUGUGUGUGUGUGUGUGUGUGUGUGUGUGUGUGUGUGUGUGUGUGUGUGUGUGUGUGUGUGUGUGUGUGUGUGUGUGUGUGUGUGUGUGUGUGUGUGUGUGUGUGUGUGUGUGUGCGCGUGUCUUUUGGUUUUGUGAAAAUAAAUAUGUAUACGGAAUCUGUCGAGAGACCAAAUAUGGGCAGGCCAUGAAGAAUGGCGAAGGGCUGCAUUGGAAUAUGUAACCCUCUUUGGAAAGACAGACUUCCAAUCUCUUUUGUGAGAUCCCUGUUUUGUGCGAUGGGGUACUUAAAUCCAGUGAGGAUGACUUAAGACCAUACUUUAACCUUUUGAAGUACCGUAGAUCCGAGGUUGUUUUAGCGCACGAAGCACAUUUCAAACACCUGGUCCUUCAUCAAACUUCCAAGGUCAAUUUAGAUUUUUUUUUUUUUUACCUUUAUUUUUCCAGAUAAAACAUUAAGAACAGUUUCUUAUUUACAAUAUUGAUCUGGUCCAUUGUUUCUCUACCCUGCCAUUCGUGCCCUUCAUUACCAAAGCAUUUAGUCCACCAUCGGCAUUUAUCUUACCGUCAUAUUCCAGGGGACGGAUGCAGAAUACUUGCCCGCACAUCUUGUAUACUAUUUUCCUAUAGUAAGAUAUGAAUUUCAGAAUAUUUGAAUAUUUUACGAUCUAUUUAAAUGUUUUGUUUAAAUACUGUAAACUGAGUAACCUAGGUGCAUAUGUUGACAAUGUGUAUAAGAAUACGUGUCCGUCUAAUUCUUAUUGAACAACAUAUUCUGUAGCUGGCUAAAACGCUUGUUCAUUAGGUCAAACUAUUUAAAAGUUGCGGGAAGGGAGAGACUUUUGAUUUGGGACAGUUUGGCGUGGCUAAGUUAAAUUAGGCAUGGCAACAUUUAGCAGUUUGCUCAUACAACCAGCAUAAAUGACAUUAGGUAGUCGCUAUGGCUACUCUUGUCAGUCAACUGGGAUAUUGAAACCUUAUGUUGUGAUUUUAAAAGGCAGAGUUUAAGAAUAGGUUGGGAUUAGUAAAGUUGAGCACAUGUCUAUGGGGCCAUGGUGGACUUAUUUUUGAAGUCUAGUUCCCCAACUUUCUGAUGUGGCUAGAGCCUACUAAGACCUACAGAGUUGUAUGAUUAUUAUUUUAUGUUAUACAGUAAAGUCAGCUUUUAUUGAAAAAUCUAUUCUGUCCAGGCAGAUUAUUUCAAUCAAAGUGUGUGUCAUAGUAAAUCAGCAGAUCUAUAACUUUAAGCCAUUUUUGUGUUGAGGUAUUGCCUUUCCAAACCUUGCAACAGUGUACCAUAAGGUAUUUGAAGUCUUUGCUGGAUUGCUUGAGCCAUUUAAUUAUUUUUCUCAUUACUUUAAUGCUUUACUUAUGUAUGCAAAGACGAUGCAUCAUUCAUCGUCACUUUUUACCUCAAGAAAUGUCCACAGAAAUAAGUAAAUCGUAUUGAUGUUGUUUUUAUUGUUUUACAUGUUUUUUCUUUGUCAAACGGUUCAUGCUUUGCAAACAAUCCUAGUGUAUAUUCACUUUUCAAAUGCAGUUUUCUUUUCCAUGUGUAUCAUGCUGGCUUUAACUUAAAUCAUUGCACAUGCAUCCAAAAAACAACAAAAAUAUAAACAUAAUCAGCUAAACAUAAUUUAGCUGAUCAAAUAAAACCAAUAAUGAUGACACAUUUUGCCAUUGUUUGGCAUAUAUGUGGGUUACUGGGAAAUGUUACACCCAAUGUCUAUUUUAUAAAAAACAACUGCAUUUUCUGUUUGUGGUGUGGGAAUGUGUUUUUAUAUAUAAACGACCUUUUCUGUGAAAAUA